GAGAGAAUUAAGGUUACGUAAUAUAUUUUUGAAACGGAUAAUAACCGGGGACAGAUAACCGGGCAGGUGCCAUUGUCUAGGAGCAGUUCCAGCAUUCCAACAUGGUGAAUCAAUUGCUUGGCUGGAUCCGAACUGACGUCAAGCGGAAGCAGAAACAGAAAUAACUUGGUGAUAUUCAAUAUGUAGGCACUCUUAUCAGACAAGUACACACUAUCUUCAAUCGAGGUCCUUAAUCCCACUCUACACAUCUUAACAUACAAUCAAUUCACUGCCCCGUACGUUCUUAUCUGCGAGUUCCACUUUGGCUAGUUUGAACUUAGAAUUAGCCCUUUCAGCUUCGAAUCGACUCGGUUGGUGCCCCUUUAUCCCUGCGGUCCUUGUGGUUCAUGUUUGCUAAUUAAUGAUCGAUUUACUACAGACUUAUCCAGCAUGGCAUCUUCACUCUCGACCGUUGAUAGUCUGAAAAACACAGCUUCCUCUGCAUACGAGACUGUAGCCAAUAGCUUGUCUGCGACGUCGAAAAAUGGCGAAUAUGAUCCUGCCCAGGACAAAAAUAAUGUUGGUAAAGAUGCACAUGGCAAUAAGUUUAGAAAGGGCGAUUUUAAGGACCAAUUGAAUCGAGCUGCUCAUAGAGGACCGCCGGAGAAGGAAGAAAACUUUACGGAGAAAGGUAAGCAAAUAGUUCAAUACGGCUGAUUUGGCUGAGCUAUGAGAUGUCAAGCGCAGGUUGCUGAUGAUGAAAGCGUUGUCGUGGAUACCAGGCAUAAGCGCACUACAAAAGUCGACUCUGGAGCAGGAACCAGAGAAUAAGACUGUGAAGGACGAUGGAGUACCCCCAAUUCGACCCCAACACGAUGUGCCAAUAGAACAAUUCUUGAGAAAGCAAUAUCAUAGCAGAAGCGGAGAUGGGAUACCAAAUCCAGGGGAGAGUAAUUGACUGCUCUGGUUGCUUUGAUGGCGACAACGAAGCUUUACGAACAUGUACGACAUAACGAGAAACAUGGAUUGGGAAAUGGCGCUCGGGAGAGUGUUGGCUGGAACUUGUCAUAUCAUAUGAGAUGGCAUCAAUAAGCGGUGAACACAGCUAAGUAGUUUAAUAGACUGCACUUCGUAUUUACUUUUGCUACAGUACACUACGUGUGGAUCUGCAUGUUUUGCCUGUCAAGUGACCUGUCUCCCUACCGCAAGCAUGGUCAACUUAUUCCGGAAGCAACACAAUGAUUUUGAUUCCGUACUCCACUCUUCUGAUUCACUUGUCAAUGGAUCGAUGACGUCGGGAUACGAUAUUUGAAAGUUCAACAGAAACUCCUGAAAAUCAGCCCCAACAUCGCCCCGAUUAAAAACGGCCCAAUCUCCCAGUAGCUGGAGCGCAUUUGGCAAAUGAAUACAGACAGUACCAACGAAUCGAGUCUCCUUUAUGUUUAUACGAGGAUUAAAGGGGGAUAUUUUGUAAACCACAUUGAAAAA